UUGUAGGCGCUCUAAACAGACUUAUUUGUUUCGCGGUGCUUCUAGUGGGUUAAGGUUAGUGCUUUGGACCAGUUCGCUGCAGAGGUGAACGCCGGAGGGGAGCGCGGAGGUUGGGGGCGUGCGUACUGUCACCUCGGAGGCCACCAACGCCAUCCACCCGUCCGCCCGCCCUCGCCUCGCCUCGCCGCGCGUCUCCUCUCCCUUCUCGCCAGCUUUCUGUCAAAAUAACCCCCACCGCACCCCGCCGCUUGUCCUCCCGUGCAUUUAUUCACAGUUUACAAACUGAAGAUGGUUACUUGAUCACCGAUUUCCGUAAAUUCGGUGCUACCGCUGCUUCUAAUAUCCGGGGGCGCCUCAGUUCGUCCGACCCUUCUAUUUUAGUUGGCAGGAAUGUGGAAGAAGUUGGAAAACAUUUUAGAUCGGUGAUAUUAAUUAAAAUAUUCGAUAUGUUCUUGGUCAACAUCUAACAAGAUGAACACAGAGCAUCAUGCUGUGGUUCCAACCACAUCAGCGCCCACCUCAGAGGAUGGCACCGCACGGCAGUCUGGAGGUCCAACAGACCUGCGCAUGGGUCCCAUUGCUAAGUACUGGGUGCUUACAAACCUAUUCCCUGGACAAAUCCCACAGUUACCUGGUGGUGUCCCUGCGAUUUCGACAGCUUCUGGGGGAGUACCGACACUAAGCCAACCUCAACAGUUGAGCUUAGGUGCUACGACACUACCUCAGCAGCAGUCCCAGUCGCAUCAAGCUCCCACUCAACUGACAAUACCUGUUCCCCUUGACGCAAGCAAAGACAAGCGGGGAACUGGAGCGAGAGGGUUGCCAAGCCACGCUGCGCAUCAACUUUUGGUGCGUAACGCUAUGGCCACAACUGACACAACAACAAGCAUGCAUCCAGUUCAACAAGCUGUAGCUCAGCAACAAGCCGCUCAACAAGCUGCUGCUCAAGCUGUUCAGGCUGCUCAGGCUGCUCAAGUUGUUCAGUCCACUUCAGACGUAAGGGUUGGCACACAAAUGGAUCAACCUCCGCAUUCCGUGCACCCAGCUGCACAUCCCGCAGCUCAUGUCACAGUGCAUGCUGCCCAUGCUGCACAUGGGUCGGGCCAUCCCACAGCCCACCCUGUUGCAGUAGUUCAUGUUGCAGCUGGUGCUCAGGCAGUGAGUGCUGCAGACAUUAAACAUGAAGCCAGUAAGGCUGGUGCUAGUGGUCAUAAGGACCAAAGAUUAAUUAUGUCGGGCUUCCCUAUGCAAGAAAUAAAAGGACACAUGAUGGACCUUAGAACUGUAGAUGGAAGCAUUCUCAAAAUAACUACCCCCAAUGGAGAGCAAGAACUUGCUAAAACAUUGGGUGUAGAAAUGGUUCAAAAUAUGUAUAAAGUCAAUGUUGAAGAUAUUAAUCAGCUCUUAGCCUAUCAUGAAGUGUUUGGUAAACUUCAAAAUGAAAUGGUAACAGCUGGGCAACCUACCAAUUCUACCACUGUCACUACUACUACCUCACAACCACAACCACCUGCAGCAGCUGCUAUAACUGCAGCACGGCACGCCGAGCCAGCUGUAUUGCAAAAUGGUGUAAUGGUCAAAACAUUAAAUGAAGCUGGGGAAGGUGUAUCUGGGUCAACCUCCCCUUCAGCACUUGCCUCAGCUGUCACUCAUGCUUGUGAUGUUUGUGGCAAAAUGUUUCCUUUCCGCUAUCAACUAAUUGUCCAUCGCCGUUACCAUACAGAACGUAAACCAUUCACUUGCCAGGUAUGUGGCAAGGCAUUCUCAUGUGCUGCAGAGCUGACCAGGCAUGGAAAAUGUCAUCUAGGAGGAAGCAUGUAUACAUGUUCCGUGUGUUUCCAUGUGUUUGCUAAUGCACCAUCAUUAGAACGGCACAUGAAGAGACAUUCUACAGAAAAACCUUAUGCGUGCCCUGUGUGUGGCAAGUCAUUUGCCCGGAAGGAGCAUCUAGACAAUCACACCAGAUGUCACACAGGAGAGACUCCAUAUCGCUGUCAAUACUGUGCAAAAUCAUUUACUAGAAAAGAACAUAUGGUUAACCAUGUGCGCAAGCACACUGGGGAAACUCCACACCGCUGUGAUAUUUGCAAGAAAUCUUUCACAAGGAAGGAGCACUUCAUGAACCAUGUCAUGUGGCACACUGGUGAAACUCCUCAUUCAUGUCAGGUCUGUGGUAAGAAGUUCAUUCGGAAAGAGCACCUGAAUAAUCACAUGAUCUCGCAUACGCAUGAGACGCCCUUUCGUUGUGAAAUCUGCAACAAACAGUUCUCUCGGAAGGAACACUUCACGAAUCACAUCAUGUGGCAUUCUGGUGAGACGCCGCAUCAAUGUGAUCUCUGUGGGAAAAAGUUCACCCGUAAGGAACAUCUUUUGAACCACGUCCGGCAGCACACAGGUGAGAUGCCGCACCAAUGCCAACUCUGUUCCAAGAGGUUCUCUCGAAAGGAGCACCUAAUUAUCCACACCCGCCUGCACACAGGUGAAACGCCGCACCAUUGUGAAUACUGCCCCAAGAAAUUCUCCCGUAAGGAACACCUAUUGAUUCACACCCGUCUACACACAGGUGAAACACCGCACCAUUGCGAAUACUGCCCCAAGAAAUUUGCUCGUAAGGAGCAUCUUAUAAUCCAUACCAGACAUCACACAGGUGAAACUCCACACCAUUGCGAAUACUGCCCCAAGAAAUUCGCUCGUAAGGAACACCUUGUGAUCCACACACGGAUGCACACAGGUGAAAUGCCGUACCACUGUGAAUACUGUCCCAAGAAAUUUGCUCGUAAGGAGCAUCAAAUUAUCCACACGCGUCUUCACACAGGUGAAAUGCCGCACCAGUGUGAAUACUGUCCCAAGAAAUUCUCUCGUAAGGAACACCUUGUUAUUCACACCCGUCUGCACACAGGUGAGAUGCCUCAUCAGUGCGAAUAUUGCCCCAAGAAAUUUUCUCGUAAGGAACACCUCAUUAUCCACACGCGUCAACACACAGGUGAAACGCCGCAUCAGUGUGAGUACUGUCCCAAGAAAUUCUCUCGUAAGGACCAUCUUACUAUCCACACCCGACUUCAUACAGGUGAAACCCCCCAUCGGUGUGAAUUCUGCUCAAAAGCCUUCACACGUAAAGAACACCUGUUGAACCACGUUCGUCAGCACACUGGCGAGUCACCACAUCGCUGUGGAUAUUGCUCCAAAUCUUUCACUCGGAAAGAACACCUGAUCAACCAUGUGCGUCAACACACAGGUGAAACUCCAUUCCGGUGCCAGUACUGCCCCAAGGCCUUCACACGGAAGGAUCAUCUGGUCAACCACGUCCGCCAGCACACCGGAGAGACGCCGCACAAGUGCCAGGAGCCUGGGUGCAGCAAGUCGUUCUCCCGGAAGGAGCACCUGGUGAUUCACAUCCGGUCGCACACGGGAGAGACGCCGUACCGCUGUCAAUACUGCCCCAAGGCGUUUGCGCGCAAGGACCAUCUGACGAACCACAUUCGUCAGCAUACGGGCGAGACUCCUCACAAGUGCCAGGAGCACCCGUGCAGCUACUGCCCGAAAGUAUUCUCGAGAAAAGAGCACCUGGUGAUUCACGUGAGGAAGCAUACGGGUGAGACCCCGUACCGCUGUCAGUACUGUCCCAAGGCGUUUGCCAGGAAAGACCAUCUUGUCAUUCAUGUGCGCCAGCACACUGGGGAAACUCCACACAAGUGCAAGUAUUGCACUAAGGCAUUUACAAGAAAAGAACACCUAAAUAAUCAUGUCCGACAACACACUGGUGAGUCUCCGCACCGCUGUCAGUUUUGCUCCAAGUCGUUCACUCGCAAGGAGCACCUGACUAACCACGUGCGGAUCCACACAGGCGAAUCUCCCCAUCGAUGUGAGUUCUGCGCCAAGACCUUCACAAGAAAGGAGCAUUUGACGAACCAUCUACGGCAGCAUACAGGAGAGACUCCUCAUUGCUGCCACGUCUGCUCCAAACCCUUCACUCGUAAAGAGCAUCUCAUCAAUCAUAUGCGUUGCCACACAGGGGAGCGGCCUUUCGUCUGUGGAGAAUGUGGGAAGUCGUUCCCUCUCAAGGGAAAUCUUCUUUUCCAUCAACGUUCACACAACAAAGGAACAACGGCUGACAGACCCUUCCGGCCGCCUGGAUUCCCACCACCGGAGCCCUUGUGGCGGGCACCAGGGUUAGUAGCUGGGGUUCGUCCAGAUGGUGUAGAGGGUGAACAGUCUGAGCAAUCUCAGCAACCAGGACAAUCUCAGGCCCAUCCAGCACAAUCUCAGUCUCAAGCACAGACUCAAGCACAACCACAGCCACAGGCUCUGUCACAACCACAGCCUGCGCAAUCCCAAGCCCCAACUGCCCAUGAUUAGUAAAUUUUAAAAAUGACACGAUGGUUGAUAUCCCAUCAGUCCUUGAACAUUACCUCCUGUUGACUUUUUAAAAGUAAUUUGUAAAUACGUACACUGAUAUUUGGCCAGGAUUUUUGAACCUAUGGGGGCCUCUUAUAUUAAAAUUUUGCAUAAGGAAUUUAUGCAGUUAGUUAUGGAUGGAAUAGGUAGCUUGGUAGUGGCCAGGCACCAUCAGCCCGGCGUGUGAUCUCAUGAUGAAAUCCUCCCCCUGCUGGACAUGCUUGCCAUACCUUUUAUGUAUAUUUUUGUACAGUAUGUACAGAAUUUCACAGUUAUUUGUUUCCUUCAAAAAGAUUUAUUGUGCAAUUUAUAGUUUGUUUUGAGUUACAAUCAUAUUUUACGAACCUUUUAAUAUAGGAACAUGUUAAGAGCAAUGUUAUUAUUGGUCCUCAUUAAAUUUGUGUAAGGUUUGGUUUAGUUUUGUGGCUCUGUCAGUCAUCUGUCCAGCAUGUCGUUAGGCUUCUAGUCAAAGCACUCCUAACCAAACAUCACACGACAUGGGCCUGUGGAUGUGUGGCUGUCUGAUGCCUACAUAUGCUGGGGGAUGGGAUCCAUCACUUAUUUAGCAUAAAUGCCUUGUUUCUCAUUGGAAUGUAUGGUGAAUAAAAAUGUGUGUGUGUGCUGAAGGCAUGUUGACUGUUGUGUGAGAGAUUCAAGUUGGUGUCACGCUCUCUUCCAGUUUGUGUAUAUAUUCUAAAUGUGGUUGUAUUUAAUAUUUAUCUAAGUAUUGCAAAGUAUUUACUGCAAUUUGUGUGAGAUCAAGCAUUCACUCAACAGUGGAGUGUACUGAACUGUUGCAUCGAACCUGUGACACAUUUACAUUUUUACACUUCUAUUAAAUGAAUUAAAGCUGUUUUGAAUCUCCUUGCCGAGAUCUAGGAGGAACUAGGCAAAAUGUAACAUAGACUAGGCUAGGUUAAGUUGAAUUGCAGACAUGAAACACAUUGGAAGCAAGCAAAUCAGUGAGGCAGGUCCUCAAACUGAGCAUUUAGAACAAACUGUAAUUUCAUUCUAUCUACUCACUGUCUUAUGUAGAGAAGGAUGGGCACCUUACAUGUACCUUAGAUUGCAGAUGAACAUGUACUUUGACUUACAUUUACUGUCGAUUGAAUUUCGUUUUUGUUUUUUAAAAACAAUGAAUACUUUUUAUACUGUCACUGUUAUGAUCUGUUCUUGCUUUCGGUCAUUAACUUCCCGCCAUGUCAUUUCAAAAAUGUCCAAAUGUCUUGUUUUGUUUGUUUUUGUUUUACUUUACAUAGGAGUUGUGUGUAUUGUCUCAAGUGUCAACCCCAUCAAUGUUAAUAGAACCAUGCUUGUAAACUUCAUUCACAUAAGUAAAUAAAUAAACCAUUCAAUCAAUGAAAUCAAUACAACCUUAUCUUGGAAUCGUACUGCUUUUAUUCUAUUUUACCAUAUUUUAUUACUUUGUACAAUUCAUUGUUUUAUGACAUUGUUUCAGUGCCUGUUUGGUUUGUAGAAAAUUGUCAGAUGUUCUUAAGGCUGGAUGAACAGACUGUAAAGGAGGGUAUGCCUUCCAUAUAAUUAUGUUGAUUGUUAUGUUCAAUUACUCGUACCAUAAUUACAUUUCAUUUUGAUUGCCUUGUGUUACCAUUGAUCAUAUUGUUUAUCAUUCAUCUCUCCUAUGUUUGUUUUUUUUGUAAUUUGAUGGAUGAAAUUAUUGUUUUUUGUGUGUCUGUGAGAAUGAAUGCAAGUGUGUACAUAGAUCAAGUGCCAUGUAAAUAUGAGUCGGGGCAAAAAUAAUUGUACAAUUCAGUGUAAGCUCAGACUCUCCCGUUCCGUUUUAAUCAUUAUUGAUAUUGUUUAUAAAUAUAAUAGCCUAAAAUGCUGUAGUUAAAUAAGGUGGUGGUCUAGCUGAUUUGUACUUCCUCUGUCAUCUUGUCUUGCUGAGUAGGGGAGAAACUAAUUUUUUUGUAUUCUUCAUCAUUAGGUACUGUAGAGUAGACUAUUCAUCCCUUUUAUGUCAUGUAUGUGAAAAAUGGAGAUCACGUAAAGAAGAUGUUUGUGCCUCAGAUAUUGACUGAUUAUAUACAUAUUUGUGCGUGUGGAUACAGCAGUAUCCAUGUGUAUAUGUAUUUAAAUUUAUACAUAUGCAUACUUGUAUGUGCACUGAUAACUUAAUUUUACAGUCAUUGACACAUUUUGCAUGAAUCUCUGCAAUUUUUUCACAAACUACGAUAAGGAGAAGUGAUGAUACAAAGGAUUGUAAACAUAUGUUUUGAAAAGAAAUAUUGACUUAAAUUAAAACCACUAAAACUGAAAUGAA